UCGAGGCAGGAACAUACAGGCUGCCAAAAUUGGUCAAUUUUGGGGACCUAUCCAGAGUCAAGUUUGCAAUGCAAAACAGCCUUUCCGCAAGAGUUGAGCAUGUAGUAGUGGUGGAUUUUUGGUGCGUUUAUCCCACGCUGGCACAUGCACAACACCCACAAUCACAUUUCAUGGCCAACGUGUGCUUGCUCCCGUUGCUUGAUCCCAGCUGUCAGCCCUUACCCUCCGCAAAACAAGCCCCGAAAUUCCGCCCAUGUCGUAUUUUGUCAGCAUCAAUAUCUGCACGUGACCUUAUCACCGCCAUUGCACGUGUGCUUAUGCAAUCCACACUCCUUCCCACGUGAUAUUGUGCUAUCGCAACCUCCCUAUACACAUACUAUCGGCUUCAAAACAACAGCCCCUCUAAGACAUACCGUGAUUAUUAGAAACACCACACUAACUUUGGAAAUCGGUUCCGGCAUGUAUUUAUAUGCUGACUUCCCUGUAACCAUAAUAAACUCGAGACUGAACCCUUCUUUUACUCGUUAGCCAUAGCAUUAUCCAGCUCCCAGUAUUUGCACAGUGGCCCAUCGAUCAUCCAUUGACAGGACGCCAGCAUAACCAACCCGUAACGAAGCAAGACUGAGAAUCAGGUGACAAGAGAAACCAGAUCAUCCAGAGCAAAAGUCCACAUUCU